CACCUUUGAGCAUCAAUGAAAGACCAGGCAUGGCUUUCUUCAAGCAGCAGAAGGUGGAGGACGUUUAUGACAUUGGGGAAGAGCUGGGAAGUGGCCAGUUUGCCAUAGUGAAGAAGUGUCAGGAGAGGAGCACGGGUGUGGAAUACGCCGCCAAGUUCAUCAAGAAGCGGCAGAGCCGGGCGAGCCGGCGCGGGGUGAGCCGGGAGGAGAUCCAGAGGGAGGUCACCAUCCUGCAGCAGGUCCUGCACCCCAACAUUGUCAAACUGCAUGACAUCUACGAGAACAAGACGGAUGUGGUCCUCAUCCUGGAGCUGGUUUCUGGAGGAGAACUUUUUGACUUCCUGGCACAGAAGGAGUCUUUGAGUGAAGAGGAAGCAACCAGGUUCAUCAAGCAGAUUUUGGAUGGUGUGAAUUACCUUCACUCUAAGAAAAUUGCUCAUUUUGAUUUAAAGCCUGAAAACAUUAUGCUUCUAGACAAGAAUAUCCCUAUUCCACACAUCAAACUCAUUGACUUUGGCCUGGCUCACAAAAUCGAAGAUGGAGUUGAGUUUAAAAACAUUUUUGGAACUCCAGAAUUUGUAGCUCCAGAAAUCGUAAACUACGAACCACUUGGAUUAGCUGCAGACAUGUGGAGCAUAGGAGUCAUCACCUACAUCCUGCUUAGUGGUGCAUCACCCUUCCUUGGAGAAACUAAACAAGAAACACUUGCCAACAUCACAGCUGUGAAUUACGAUUUUGAUGAAGAGUUUUUCAGCAAUACCAGUGACCUGGCCAAAGAUUUUAUUCAGAAACUUCUGGUGAAAGAUACACGGAAGAGGCUUACGAUUCAGGAAGCUCUGUCUCAUCCCUGGAUAACGCCCAUGGACAAGCAACAGGCUUUGGUUCGGAAAUCAUCUGUUGUUAACAUGGAAAACUUCAAAAGGCAAUAUGCCAGGAGGCGGUGGAAGCUUUCCUACCGCAUCGUCUCGCUGUGCAACCACUUGUCCCGUUCCCUGGUGAAAAGGGUCCUGAUGCAGGAGGAGAGUUUGAGGGACUGUGAGAGUGACAGUGAGGAUCUUUCCCAAAGAGAAGUUCCUCCUCAGAGGAGAAGCAGCAUAUCCUAAUGUGAAGAGAAUUCCAUGGGCAGGAGACACAGGAGACUUCCAUCCCUGCUGAAGCAAGCAGCCCUGAGUCACUGGUGUGAUGCUUCUUGCUUCUCAAACAGCACCAACAGCUGGGUGAUGGUAUUAAAUGUCUACUGAGCAUCUUGGAAAACUGGGAAGCGAGAUUCCCAGGGAAAUGCCACAGCACAAGCACCAGUUGGAGUGCUUUGAGUGUUUCAGUGAUACUUCAAUCUGUUUGUGAUGUUGGCUGCACUCAGGGUGUUGGAUUUCUACUGAUAUUCCUUUCCUGCAGAAUAAUUCCUGUCCUGCACAGUGGUGAAGACUUUGUGCAUUAUUACUGUUUCAGUCAGGGAAAUUGUUAGUGAGUUGUCAGGACAUUUUGUAAUGCAGUUUUGGUGUUUGUUAAUAGCAUGGAUAUGUGAUGGCAGAUCUCUGCCAGGGUUUGUUAGCUGUGUGCAGGGCUCUGUCACUGCUGUCACUGAGGAGAAAGUCCUGAUAUCAUUGCACAUCUUUGAUUUUGGCAACAGUUCUGCACUGCAACAAGGACUGUGCUCUGGCUGAGGACUAACACAGCCAGUUGUGAGUACAACUAGUUGGGGCCACUGAGAGGAUGACACAGGCCAAGGCAAUUUUUGGAUGAGAAAGAGAAAAAAUGCUGUAGUGAUUUACAUGCACCCAAAUCCAGUGUUUUUACAGGAUGAUGGCAGGAUAUUCACCAAAACAGGGCCUUUAAGAACCCCAGGUAUUUGAAGAAAUAGUCUCUGUUGGACUUUGUUAUUGUUGUCAAUGUUAUUUAUUGUCAGCAAAUUGGAGAUGGGUUAACACCUAUUUGUGCAGGUGCUAUUUACAUGUAACCCAGACAGCAAACAUCUGCUUUUUAUUCAGGGGGUUGUAUCCAAAAUUGAGGAAGUGAGCACUUUGAUACUGAUGUAACAUCUUUGCACUGGGAAGUUGCAUCAUUUUAACUAUUAUUAGUUUCUAAGCCAGUAUUGUUCAAUUGGUACCAAAAAAUGUGUAAUAGAAUAGGUUAUUUUUUUUCAUUGAAUGUGUUUGUUGUUAGAAAUUCAUAUUUAUUUUGCCAUUUAAUAAAUUAAAAAUCAGAAAGCCUAUUAGAAACAACUAUGGAUGGACAAGGAAACUGGUUUUGUUUGGCUUUAUGUUGGUCACUUCUAGGCUGAGGUUUUAGAGCAGAAGGUGUGAACUGGUGUUGAAAACUAGUGUCAGGUGGUUUCCAGUUUCUAAGAAAGAAAUAAAAACAUGCUACUUUUAUUUAUAACUUGGUAUCCCUGCUUAGGUAGUGACUAAAAUGCAGUUGAUAAGAAAGUAUUUCUGUGAAAGGAAGGGAAUGUAGGAGAAGCAUUGGAGAAGGGAGGCAGAAAGGAGGAUUUGAUGGAAGAAGCAUAAAAUGAAGGAGGUGGUGGGAGGAAAAAAAGCAGUGGGGAGGAAGGAGUGUGAGAGGGACACAUAGGGAGUGAAGGUGAUCCUGGACUGGGAAGGUUGAAGGAAGGGAAAGAGAAUGUGGGUGCAGGAAUUGUGGAAGCAGGAGAGUGGAUGUUUCUGCCAGUAUGGCACUGCAUUUUGCUACUAUUUAUUUAAUUUCCUUUUAUUUCAUGUCUUGUGCUGCCACUUAGCCUGUGGCAUGUGCCUGCUCAAGGGAUAAGGGGCAGUGCAUGGGCUUCUCUUCACAUUUAAGAGAUGUAUUUAUGAGCUUUCUGUGUAAUUCUUGAGGCAGAGCCCUCAAAAAGUGCUGUGUUAAGAGGGAGCAAUAACAGGAAAACCUGUUGUUUCAGUGUGUCCUGGUUUCAGCUGGGAUAGAGUUGAUUUUAUUGUUAGUAGCUGGUCUGUGUUUUGGGUUCAGCAGGAGGGUAUGUUGAUCACACUGAUGUUUUAGGGGCUGUUCUGUAGUGUUUCCCCAAGUGAAGGACUUUGCUGUUUCCCAGGCUCUGCCAGUGAGGAGCUGCACAAGAACCUGGGAGUGAGCAUGGCCAGGACAGCUGACCUCAAUGGUCACAUUCCAAAGGGACAUUCCAGAUCAUGGAAUGGUGCUCCAUGUAUGAGCUGGGGGAGCUGGCUGGGGCACAGUCACUGCUCAGGCUGGGCCGGGCGUGAGCAGAUGUACUGGCAUCACUUGUCUUCCUUGGGUGUUACUGCUCUCUCUUUUCCUUUUCAUUAUUGUUAAUUAUUGUUAUUAUUAUUAUUAUAUUUUGCUUUAGCUCAAUGAUAAAACUGUUCUUAUCUCAAAGUAACCCACGAGGUUUAAUGCCCAGGACGGGGGCAGUGAGUGAGUGGCUGUGUUGGGGCCUCGUUGCUGGUUGGGGUUAAACCACAACACGGUGUCUGGAGGGCACCUCUCACAAAGAGAACACUACAAAUAUAAAACCUGUCCAGCAAAUUUUGCCUCCUGCUUUCCCUGGGAUGUG